CUCACUAAAAAAUCUCUCUCGGCUCUUUCAUACUUAAUUAACUUCUUAUCUUCUUGCAGCUUGAGUCUUACUCAGAGUUCCUGAGCAGUAGGGGGAAUGUUUGUUCAUUUGUCCACAUUUGUGCAGAUUUUCUCACAUUCGUUGAGUAGAAAGGUUAGAGAUAAUCGAACCCCAAGGACUUGGGGCAAAGUGAUACCCAUCCAAGGCUUUGCACAGAGGUGGCUCAUCCUGGCAGGAAUUUAUGGCACAAAGGAGCAGAGAAUGGUGAUUUUUGCUUCGCUGCAAAAAUCUGGGGAGGUGGAGUUGUCAACACUUCUGUGGACUGAUAUUUAGCAUUUACUUGUAAAACUAUCUUAACGAAAUUAAUGUUUUACUAUUUCAAAAGUUCCAUUAUCAGAAAAGAGACCAAACUUCUAGCACCAUGGUGGACGUGAAGUGUCUGAGUGACUAUGAAUUACAGGGAGAACUUAAGAAGCUUGGAUUUUCACCUGGCCCAAUACUACAGUUUAAUACCACUAUCGUUUUGAAAGGAAAUAUCACACUCUCAACAGAAAAAGGCAAGGGACCCAGAAAAAGGCCGGAGGCUGCCACCAGGAAACCCAAAGCCCUGAACUGCUAUGGCCUGGAUCGUAAGGCUUCCAAAGAGCUAAGGUGUGCUACAAGAUCAUCCAAAACCAGAGUCAGAGAAGAGAGCGUAACCAAAGAGAAAGACUGCUCUAAAAGCCAGAACCUGGAGGGGCUUCCGGUGGCCAUUACAUUUGCUGUGCUUGCCAUCUUCAUCAUUGUGGUUUUUAUCUACAUAACUGUGGAAAGAAAGCCACUCUUUGGUUAA